CCCCCACUCAAACAUACAUUCACACACUGUAAGUCCUGGAUAUGGCGGGUCCCUGUAGUAUCAAGAUCCUGCUCCUCUGGGCUGCGAUCAUUGGUGUGGCUGACUGUCAAACUUCAUCAGCCAUUACCAAUCCUGGAAACACCUCAAAAGAGACCACAAUCACUUCCACCAGCAACCAAACAGUCUCUCAGGCACUUGGCAAUCUAACUCAGACCUCACCUCCAAUCACCCAGUCCAUCACCACAGUGACUCCUACCACCGAAGCCCCGACACCUCCACAGUGUUCUUACACUGUUACACCUAUAAAGUUUGGCUUCCAGAUCAAGUUCAUAAACUCUCCCCUUGGCAACUACACCAUAAAUGUUAAAGAAGAAGGCCAAAAUCAGAUUGGAGGCAAAGCCAUUUUUCAGCACUCCAAUCCAAACAUAACAACACAUAAUAUCACAGCCCUGAAGCCCUGUACUGACUACGAGCAUAAUGUGACAUUUGACCAUGCUGGCACAAAAAUACUCUGUGACCACAGUGAUAGUAAAACUACAGUGAAGACAAUGGAAAUGACUGAAGGUGACAUUAAACGUGGCAGCUGUAUCCCUGGAUAUCUUUGUUACAAGAGUGACUGGAACAUUAUCUCUGUGCAAAUAAAUAAUAUUGAAGCCGUGCAAUGCCCAAGUGACAAUAAAACGUUCUGUAUCAGACCUGGUUAUGAUGACAUUUGCACAAAUUUGAUGACAACCUUUACUCAAGAAAAGUGUGUGAAGUCUUCCUUUAACCACAUCCAACACAUCAGUGCUGCUGAAUUUUUAAAUUCAAAUGAAAUAAAUCUGACUCCUCCCACUGAACUUCCUGCAAAAAUAGAAGCAAAUUUACCUCCAAAAUGCACUGAUCUCACCAUUGAUUACAUCUGUUCUGAUUCUUACAAUAAGACCAAGCUGGAGUCUGAGCUGGAGCCUUUCACAGACUACACCUGUACUGGUCAGAUCAAGGAAAAUGAUGUCACCAUAAAAAACACACCUGCUAUCCAGUUCAAGAUUGACUGUGAUCUUAAUAUAGCAACACAAAGGGACUCAACCAAUACCUCCAUUGAGUUGAACUGGACAACAACCAGUCAGAACUGUCAAGAGGUCCCCAAACUUGAUGAGCUUUCAUACAACUGCAGUUGUCAUCCUGUGGGUUCAACAUCGGACAAGAAACGUGCAAAACCUACAGUUAACAAACAGCGACCAGGAGGAACAUGUCAUUUUUCUGGACUGAAACCAUACACCGAUUACACCUGUGAAGUCCAACCCAUCUACAACAACAACAGUGUUCUCCUAUCAACUAAAGCUACAGAGAAAACUGAGCCUGGAGUACCAGACGAAGUUCCCAUUUUGGCGCUAAGUGUUCCAGAGCAUAAUGCGAUUAAAGUUACCUGUCCUCGUGUGAACAAUUUCCGUGGGCCUAAGAAGCUAUACAGUGCAACUCUUAGGUAUGAUGAUGUCAUUCAGAAGACAAAGUUACAAGACAAAUGUGAAUUUACAUUCAAAGAUCUAAGCUACUCUACGACCUACGACGUGGAGGUGGUUGCUUUCAACGGACACCUUUACAGUAAAACCAAGACAGCGCAUGUUGACACUCUCUACAACGACAAAUUUGUCAUUCGUCUUCUGGUCCACAUCAUCAUCAUCCUCAUAUCUGUGGCCGUGUUUUGUGUCGUCUACAAGAUCCACAUGAAGAAACUCAGAAAUUCCCAGGAUGUGAAUGAAGAUGUGAUGCUUGAGUCAACAGGCAUUUAUGCUAAUGCACCUGAAUCUUAAUGACAUCAUUAAGAAGAUCGUUGAUGAACACAGGCCUAACGGAGCAGCCUACCAAACCAUCAUUUACUCUUACUGAGUUCUUCAGUAAGUUCAAUAGUCGGCAUUUUAACCUGUGAACAAUGGCACUCAGUGCACUUAGAAUUGAUACUGGCUUGCUUUACUUCUAUUUGCUUAAACUGAUUGUGUUUUUGUUAAAUUUGUCUUUGUUAAAUUAUACAGAUAUUUUUUUAUUGUUUUAAUGUGCAUUUUGCAACAACUGGAACAGUCCUAUUCUCAUUGACAUUUUAAUCCCAUCAAAUUUGGACAAGCUAAGAUUAAUAAAAUCAUAUAACAUGAAGCAUCAGAUCCUGACCAUACAUAGGCAUCUGUGAUCAUUAAUGGCUUGUAACAGCUUCAAUGUGCUAUGCUAAAUUCAAAAGUGGAUCAAGCAUUUGCUAUUAACAUUACCAGUGUUUGACUGGCAGAAUACGCAAGUAUUAUAAAAUCACACUUUUAA